GAAAACGUUUGCUGGUGAGGAAAAAGUCACCUGUUUCUAAUGCAACCGGGGACCACAAAAAAGAAAUCCACAGAUGGGUCCAGGGCCGCUCUUCGGUGUACAUUCAUCUACAAACCCAAGAAGCCUGAGUCACCGGUGGCCAUAAAUGGUCACAUUUUCCUUCUUCACGGUCACGUUGAUGAUAUUUGUGAUUCGACCCUUGACCUCACCUUAAAGAGCAAGUCACCCCCUACAAGAAACUUACUUCACUCCCUCUUCAUGUUUAAAAAAUGCAACAAAUGAUGUUGCGUAGCAGACCGAGAGGGCGGAGCCACUAACAAAUACACACACACAGGCUCACAAUGACAUUGUGACAUCAUAAUGUACAAGUUUACAUCAUAGCAUACCUCUUAGCCAAUAGCGGUGGCAGAUUUAAAUUUAAAUACAGUGCAGAGUUUUUACCUGACAACGGCACAACACUGCCAGUUUUAGGCAGAAAAUUUAAAUUUUAACUAAAGUGCAAAACUAUUGACUACACGUGUCUGCAGCACGAUUAGACACGCAUCUAUGUAGUUUAUCAGGAAAAAAAGCUGAUUUGGGGGUGACUUGCUCUUUAAUGUCUGGGUGUAAUUGGUCAAAUCAUAAAAAAUACAGCCUAAGCAUUUAAAUGCUCACAUGUUGAAGACGUUUUACGUAUAUUUUCAGUUUCAGAAGAGUUUAAAUGAAUUUGUUUUAGUUGUUUUUUACGCUGAUGUCAGCUGGCGUGUUGGUAGGGUGACUCAAGUAACAUAAGCAUGUUGGUUCCUCUCAUGUAAAGAUGGAAUAUUACAAUAGCUGGUCAAUCACACCUUUACUGGUAUUCAGCAGUUUCCCUCCAACACCUGUUUUCCCAGCUCAACCUGCCCGGUGGCUCUGGCCCCACCCACUUCCUUUUUAGGCUUCUCUCACCUGAGACACAUCAUUUUCCUGCUGCGAAUCUCGGCAACACACUGCUCCCCUUCACCUCUGCCUUGCUGUUUGUCAUCGAGCUUCUAGACGUUUCUUGAAAUCUCCUCCAGCUCUCCUGGAUCUCCCUUUCUGCUUCCUGUGUUUGACGACUUCAUCAUGAGCACGAAGCUGUGGACGGAGGAGCAGUUCAACUGCCCCGUGUGUCUUGACCUACCGAACGAUCCGGUCACCAUCCCCUGCGGCCACAGCUACUGCAUGGACUGCAUCAGGGACUUCUGGAGCAAGGAUGACCCCAAAGGGAUCUACAGCUGCCCCCAGUGCCGGCAGACCUUCUGCCCCAAGCCCUCUCUAUCCAGGAACACCAUGCUAGCAGAGGCUGUGGAGCAGCUCCGCAAAGGGGCUCUCAAAUCCGAGGUACGGGAUUCUAUUCGGAGCGUCCGUGGGGGGGCCUCGAGAUCCAGACCUAGGCUUUCCACUGCUGCGGUGCUGUGUGACAUGUGUAAAGGACAGCAGUGUGCUGCCGUGAAGAGCUGUCUGGUGUGUAUGAGCUCCUUUUGUGAGGUCCACCUGAAGCCCCACCAGACCAAGAAGUCCCUUAAGGCUCACGAGCUCAUCCCACCCAUAAGCAAUCUGCCUGAGAAGAUCUGCACCCAGCACAAGUACCUGCAGGAGUUCUUCUGCCGCCAGUGCAAGAUGUUUGUCUGCUGGCUGUGCACCAGCAACCAACAUAAAGAGCACGAGUGCGUGUCCACCAAGGCCGAACGACUGGAGAGACAGAAGCUGCUGUCAGAAAUCCAGGCAGAGAACCACCAAAAGCUGAAGGUCAGAGAGCAGGAGCUGAAAGACAUGAAGAGGGUGAUGGAGGGAGUGAAGCGGUCUGCAGAGAAGGUUCACGACGACACAGAAAACAUGCUCUCCGAGCUGCAGCGCUCCAUGGAACGACUGCAGGAGCUCAUAGAGGAGGUGAUGGAUCAGGCCAGCCUGGAGAAGAUGAACCAGGCCCAGGAGGUCGCUGAGAACCUGGAGGCUGAGAUCAAGGAGCGACAGAAGAGGGACACGGAAAUGAAGGACCUGGCAAGCUGCGAAGACAACAUCUACUACCUGCAGACGUGUGACACCAUGACAAGUCCUCUCGAGGUUGGGGACCUGCCAGCUGUUCAUGUCAAGCAGGAUGCUUCUUUUGAGCCCAUUCGAGAUGUGAUCCUUGCCCUCGGAGAGCGAAUCGAGGAUCUGUGUAACCAAGAACUCGGCAAGAUCACCAAACAAGUCAACGACACCACGCUGUUCACUUUGGGAAAUUCUAAAGGGGCUGGACCAAAGGGGAACAUUCUGAAACUGUUUGCUGGUAAAAGUUCCCGGAACACCAACACACGUUCCUCAGCUCCAAGCGUUUCCGUGGGGGGCCGGAGUACAGACAGACAAGGUCUUAAAAGUAAUGAUGUAAGGAGCAGAAACGCACCCCGAGAUAGAAGGAACACAAGCCCGCCCAGACUGGGGAAUAGACCGAGAAGAGAGGAGAGAGAGACCACGAGAGAGUCAAGGCCCAGUCCCAGGCCCAGUCCCAGGCCCAGCCCCACACCUAGUCCGACUCCAAGCCGCAGAGAGUCCCAGUCUCUCUGGACCAGGUCUAGUCAGAGACCAGCUGCCUCUGUGGCAACUCCUACUCCAGUUCCAGCCAACCCAGCUCCAGCAACAACAGGAGCUUUCAGCCGGAUGGCAUCGAUCAGCAGCCUGUUUCGCUCCCGCCGCGGCACCCAGCAAGCCACGCCGAUUGACAGCACAGCACCUGCAGGAGGAAGUCCAUGGGGCAUGUCUGCUGUGACUGAAACACAAACUGAGAUUAACCCCACUCUGUUUCUGGACACGCCCACACCAAACGCCAUGAUUCAAUCUCCUGCUUUCCCUGCAUUGAGAGAAAUCAGCAUCGACAGCAUUCAGGCACCAGAACCAAGGUCCAGAGAGGAGUUCCUGCAGUAUUCGACGAGUUUGACCCUGGACCCUAACUCCGCCCACAAACGCCUGGUUCUCUCUGAAGGUGACACCAAAGCCACUCUGCAGGUGGCGGCACAGCCUUACCCGGACACCCCUCAACGCUUUGAUGGCUGGACCCAGGUGAUGUGCCAGAGCCCGCUGUGUGCCCAGCGCUCCUAUUGGGAGGUGGAGUGGAGAGGGCGUGGCUCCUCUAUGGGCGUGGCCUAUGGGGCACUGUCCAGAAAGGGGGCAGAUGCCAGGUCAGGUCUUGGCUACAACGCCCAGUCGUGGACCCUGGAGUUGUCAGACACCUGCUGCUCAGCCAUGCACGACAACGAGAAGCGGGACAUCCCCGUCACCUACUCCCCUCGUGUGGGAAUCUACGUGGACCUGUCCGCGGGGACGCUGGCGUUCUACAGCGUGGCGGACAACAUGAUGCACCUUCACACCUUCAGGGCCAACUUCACCCAGCCACUUUACGCCACCUUUGGGGUGGGGAGUGGUGUUGGGGUUGGUCUAGACUUCGCCCUAGGACAGUUCUCAUCAAGCAUGGACAGCAUCAAGCUUUGUCCUCUGUGAGUGCAUCGACGACUGGAUUCACCUAAAGUACUGGUGCCGAUUACAAACUCAGGAAGUCUGACUUCUUCAAACCGUCCUGACCACAGAAAUAACUGGAAGACAUUAAAGAGCAAGUCACCCCCUACAAGAAACUUACUUCACUCCCUCUUCAUGUUUGAAAAAUGCAACAAAUGCUGUUGCCUAGCAGACCUAGAGGGCGGAGCCACUAACACAUACACACACACAGGCUCACAACGGCAUUGUGACAUCAUAAUAGACCAGUUUACAUCAUAUCAUACCUCUUAGCCAAUAGCGGUGGCAAAUUUAAAUUCAAAUGCAGUGCAGAGUUUUUACCUGACAACAGCACAACACUGACAGUUUUAGGCAGAAUAUUUAAAUUUGAACUAAGAUGCACUGAAGUAUCAAAUUAUUGACGACACGUGUCUGCAGCACAAUUAGUUACACAUUUAUAUAGUUUAUCAGCAAGAAAAAGUUGAUUUGGGGGUGACUUGCUCUUUAAGUAAAUGCAUUUGUAGGACCAUAAAAAAAUUCUAGACUUGUUCACUUUUUCUGAGUCACAAUAAACCAUUCGGUUUUUU